AUGACAGGAAAAAACAAAGUGACAGUGCCAAUAAACUACACCGCCAAGACUCGUGCAGCAACUAGGGACCUACCUAAACAACAACAACAACAACAACAACCAGAACAACAACAGCAGCCAGAACAACAACAGCAGCCAGAACAACAACUGGAACAACAACAACAACCCGAACAACAACAGCAACCGGAACAACAACCAGAACAGCAACAGGAACAACAACCGGAACCACCACAGCAACCAGAACAGCAACCGGAACAACAACAGCAACCGGAACAACAACAGCAACCAGAACAACAACAACAACCAGGACUACCACAACAACCGGAACCACCACAUCAGCCUGAACAGACACCACCACCACCACCCCAGCAACAGGAACAGCUACCAGAACAACAGCAAACACAUUUAGACCAGAUAAGACAGCUUGAGCACGAGGUGUUACUCCUGACACAACAAAUACAUAAUCAAACAAUAGAAGACAAUAUAGAAUUACCUCCACCACCACCACCACAGGACAAUCUACAAGAUAUCCAUUCAGAAAUGGCGACCGGUGGAAUAAACUUAAAAAAAUAUAAUGUAACAGAUUCACCUGUGCUAUGGCUGGCCAACCUACAAGCCUGGCAAAAGUUCCACAAUGUAACAAAUGACAGGACACUGGCAGCAAUGUCAUUCAACAUGGAUGGUGCUGCAGCGCUUUGGCUGCAAGGAAUACCAGAGCAUGAAAAAUUAGACCUGACCAAAUUCAAAGAAUCAUUCUUAAACCCAUUUGGACAAAAAUCGACAGACAAUAAGUUUUUUUCAUUGAAACAAGAAAGUGACGAGAGUGUGGAAAAGUUUCUAGAAAGGGCUGAAAAAUUGGCUUUAGGACACACCAUAGCAGAGAGCUACAAAGUCCAGGUAGCAUUAAAUGGAUUCAACCCAAAUUCCGUUCCAAAGUGCUGGGAAAGGAACCAAAAUCCUUUCUGGACCUUCAUCAUGCUGUCGACUUAGCGAAGGAAGAGAUCUCAUGCACCACAGAUCCAGACAGUGUCAGUAUGAUUUCAAUGACCAAGUUUUGCGACGAACUGGUUUCAAAAUUGCAAAC